AUGGCCAAUCUUGAGUCACAGGUCCCCGUCGAUGUGCUGAUCAGCCGCGCGUUGGGUACACGUAGCCAGGAUGCCAGCAUCUCGCUGCAACAGCAGCUCAAGACGGCCCCAUCAGCUCGCAAGGCGGCCAUCAUCGCCGCGCUAGAGCCGCACGUAUUUAAGCUCUCCGACGACAAACACGGCAACUUUCUCGUUCAGCGAGCCAUUGGCGUCGACAACACUCUCGCCGAGAAACUCCGCGGCCAUUUUGUACAGCUCAGCCUGAGCCAAUUUGGGUGCCACGUCGUGCAACGUAUUCUCGAUGAGCCAGACAACAUCAAAAAUAUGGUCGUCGAAGAGCUUCUGGCGGUCCGCAUCGAAGAAACGCUCGUCUCACGCAACUCUAUCCAUGUCUGGCAGAAGAUUCUUUCCAUUUGUUGGGGCCCCGAUUUUCCUGAUGCCCGUCGCCACCUCUUCUCCGUCGUCAAUACGACAAUGAAGGGCAAGUGGGCCGAGACGGCUUGCCAAGAGACGGGUUCGAUCGUAUGUCAGAAUAUCUUUGAGAGCGCCAGCUCGGACGAGAAGCGCGACUGCAUGGGCGAGAUUCUCAAAAAGCUAAAGGAUUGCGCAGCAAAUCAAUGGGGCGUCUGGGUCGUUCAGCACAUCGUCGAGCACGGUGACGAUGAGCAUCGGCGUGUUGCAUUCGAACACCUUUUAGAAGAUGCUGUCGGCCUUACCCUGAGCCCUUUUGGCCAAAAGGCCAUCACGAGCGCCCUCAAAAGCCGCGACAAGGCUUUCGUCGGUGCUUACGUUGAUAUCCUUUGCGAGCAAGAGACGGGCCACGGUGCCGGCUCAGACCAGCCUGGUCGUCGGUCCGUCCUAGUUGACAUUGCCGGUGCAGCUCAAGGCGUACAGAUUGUGACCACCCUUCUUACGUCUGUCCAAGCUGAUCAGCGCGACCGCAUCAUCAAGACUGUCCGCAAGAACUCUGUCUUUCUUAAAGGUUCAAAAGCGGGCCUCCGUGUCCAUCAACUAUGUGAGCGAGCUCGUGCUUUUACGGGCUACUAAGGGGCUGGACCCUGCAAUCCGCAAACAUCAUAACCUUCUUUUAAUCGUCUUCGUCGUCGUCCACGUAUCUCUUUUUCAAGUACACCAACACCAACACAAAACAACGCAUUGCGCAACCAACAGACCGUCGGGCCCUUACCUUUUUCGUAUUCCAACCAGACUCGGGCUACCCAACCUUUUUUCCACUUCAUCUACGCAGUGCUUCCUGUCUCCCAAUCCACCUCUCUUCCCUCCGACGCUACGUCUUUUCGCCGCCACUUUUUCUCUUCCCUUUCUCUUAGACGCAU